CAGACCAUAUCAAAUUUUAUCAGUGGACCGUCUGACUCUAACUCUCUAUAAAUUUGACAAUAAUAGAUACAUAAAUAACUUAUUUAAAAAUAAAAUCUUGAUUUUUAGAAAUCUCAAAGCCUUGCACUCCCCCAUAAGAACGGACUGUAACAGUGAAGUAAAGCUAUAAGAGGGGAGAGGAAUAUCAUCUACAUCUAUACGGACCAUUGCAUUGUAUUUUGCAAGCAUUCAGCUCAACAAGUGCAAGAAGUUGCUGGGGAGAAGGAGAAAGAUGGCAAGAGUUGGUGAAAUUCUAGAGACCAUGUUUGGCUCACUUAUGAUUAUACUGCUGAUUGUCAUGGCCAUGGGAGCAAUCAAAGUUAAAGCGCAGCUUCUUCCUCAAAAUGAAGUCGAAGCUCUACAAGAAGUAGCAACCCAAUUAGGCAAGCAAGACUGGAACUUCAAAGUAGAUCCUUGCAGUAAUGACACAAGUUGGGUCACACCAAUAUCAAAGGACAGGCCAUUGUACAACAACAGUGUAAUCUGCAACUGCUCCGAUCCGCAGGGCGAAUGCCACGUUGUCAGCAUAUUUCUCAAAGGGCAAGAUCUUGCUGGUGUGCUGCCUCGUGCUAUUGUGAAACUACCUUACCUCAAGAACCUUGAUCUUACUCGGAACUACCUUAGUGGUAAUAUAACAAGUGAAUGGGCUUCUACAAAGUUGGAAUUACUGUCCCUUUCUGUGAACCGCCUAACAGGAUCAAUCCCAAGCUAUUUGGGAAAUAUUACCACGCUUAAAGCCUUGAGCAUCGAGAACAAUCUGUUUUCAGGAACUGUUCCCCUUCAACUAGGAAACUUGUUUAAUUUGGAGAUUCUCAUUCUCAGUGCAAACAAUCUGACUGGAACAUUACCACCGGCUCUCACUAAUUUGACCAAACUAACAGAGCUUAGGAUUAGCAGUAACAACUUCAUUGGAAAAAUACCCAGUUUUAUUCAAAGCUGGAAACAUCUUCAGAAAUUAGAGAUCCAAGCUAGUGGUCUUGAAGGGCCAAUCCCUUCUAGCAUUUCUGCUUUGAAUAAUUUAACUGAACUAAGGAUUAGUGACUUACAUGGAGGAGGCUCAGGGUUUCCACACUUGGAAAAUAUGACAAAUAUUGAGCUUUUGAUGUUGAGGAGUUGUAAUAUAUCUGGACCUAUCCCACUUCAUGUAGCAGCAAUGACGAAGCUGAAAAUUUUAGAUCUCAGUUUCAACAGGUUGGUAGGAAAUCUUUCAACAAAUCUUGAAGGUCUGACAAGCAUGGAAAAUGUGUAUCUGACAAGCAACUUGCUCUCUGGACCCAUCCCAGACUGGAUCAAGAAUGGAGAUACUCGUGCUGAAAUAGACCUUUCUCGCAAUAAUUUUACUGAAAGCACGUUGCCAACUACUUGUCGAGAUAGACUAAAUUUGUUUAAAAGCUCUUCAGGAGCAAACAACUCAAAGGUUGCCGACGAGUGCCUGAAAAGCUAUGCUUGUUCAAAAGAUAGAUAUUCAUUGCAUAUAAAUUGCGGUGGAGGUGCAACUACUGUUGGAAGUAUCACUUAUGAAGCAGAUGAAGAGUCAGGAGCUGCAGCAAAAUAUGUUCCCAUUAAGGAGGGUUGGGAAAUUAGUAAUACUGGACAUUUCUGGGAUAAAAGUAGAUCCUCAAGUGACUACAUAGCACAAAACUUGUCUAUUCUCAAUAUGAAGAAUUCUGAAUUGUACACGAGAGCACGUCUUUCUCCUCUCUCCCUUACAUACUAUGUACGUUGUUUGGGUAAUGGGAAUUACAAUGUGAAGCUUCACUUUGCAGAGAUAGUAAUGAGGGAUAAUAGAUCCUUCUAUGGUCUUGGGAGUCGCAUAUUUGAUGUUUAUGUGCAGGGGGAACGUGUGUUGAAGGAUUUUAAUAUUGUAAAGGAAGCACAAGGGGUGGAUAAGGUGAUCAUUCGGGAUUUUAAGGCAGUCGUUAAAGAUGGAAGUUUAGAGAUUCACUUUCAUUGGGCUGGGAAAGGGACAACAGCUGUCCCAAAGAGAGGAACAUAUGGUCCUCUUAUAUCUGCAAUUGAUGUGGAAUCUGACUUCAAGCCACCCAGUUCCAGCGGAAGCAAAAGGAAGAAAUUCAUUGUGGCUGGAGCUGUUGUUUUGCCAUUGUUCCUCAUUCUCAUUAUCGUGAGCGCUCUUUGGUGGAAAGGUUGUCUGGGAGGCAGGGCAACAAAAGAACAAGAACUACUAGGUUUAGAUCUGCAAACUGGCAUUUUCACCUUCAGACAAAUUAAAGCUGCUACCAACAACUUUGAUCCAGCUAACAAGAUUGGAGAAGGUGGUUUUGGAUCGGUUUACAAGGGAACAUUAUCAGAUGGUACCAUAAUUGCUGUUAAGCAACUUUCUUCCAAAUCAAAGCAGGGAAAUAGAGAAUUUUUGAAUGAAAUAGGCAUGAUUUCUGCUUUACAACAUCCAAAUCUUGUUAGAUUGUAUGGAUGCUGUGUUGAAGGGAAUCAAUUAUUGUUGGUGUAUGAGUUCAUGGAAAACAACAGCCUGGCACAUGCAUUGUUUGGCACAGAGGAAAGCAAGUUGAAAUUGGAUUGGCCUACAAGGCAAAGGAUUUGUGUUGGCAUAGCAAAAGGCCUAGCCUUCCUGCAUGAAGAAUCUGCAUUGAAAAUUGUUCAUAGAGACAUCAAAGCUACUAACAUACUCCUUGACGGGGACCUAAACCCUAAGAUUUCUGAUUUUGGUUUGGCCAAGCUUGAUGAAGAGGAGAACACACACAUCAGCACCAGGGUUGCUGGAACUAUAGGAUACAUGGCACCAGAAUACGCGUUAUAUGGCUACUUAACCUAUAAGGCAGAUGUUUACAGUUUUGGGGUUGUUGCAUUGGAAAUUGUUGUUGGGAAAAGCAACAUGAAAUACAGACCAGAUGAAAAUUUUGUCUCUCUCCUGGAUUGGGCUCUCUUUUUGCAACAAAGGGGAAACCUAAUGGAGCUGGUUGAUCCCAGAUUGGGGUCCAAGUUCAAGAAGGAAGAAAUAGUCAGAAUGGCAAAAGUAGCAUUGCUAUGCGCUAAUUCUUCACCUGCACUCAGGCCUACAAUGUCUGAAGUAGUAAGUAUGCUUGAAGGCCGAACUGCUGUUCAUGAAGUGGUCGUGGGCCCUAGUAUGUAUGGUGAUGGAUUGGGUUUUGAAGGUUCAAGGAACAAGUUUGAUCAAAUUUCACAUGAUAGUUCGAGCAAAACUCAGUCCUCUCAUGGAUCAGAUGCAUCAUUAAUUGCCUCAUCAUCUAUAUGUGCUCAGGAGCUUAACACAUUUAAUCCUGAUUCUCAAUAGUGUAAAAAUUCAUGCUGCUAUCAACUUUCAUGGCGUACAAAUUUCUGGCUUGAGAUGCUUUCCCUUAUCCAAUUUGCUGAACUUAAGCAAUUAUAAUAACUUGUGCAGUGUAAAUAAAGAGGAAAGGUGCUGUUUGGUUUCAAUGGAAAAUUGCUGUGCUAUGAAGCUGCAAUAAUAAUUAAUGUUACUGGAA